AGGAAAAAGCUGUCUUUAAAAGUCACUUACUACUUAUUACCUGUGACAGUUGUGACUUGUUAAUGUUUUACAAUUAGAAGUCUUCACUUGAUUAUCCAUUCAUUUUAAUAAUAGUUUAUUUAAUAGUAAUAUAUUGUUAUAAAGAUCAGAGAAAGAGUAUCUUAUUACACUCGAUACCACGCUGAUAUGCAUUUGAAUACACGGUUACAAUUUUUCCGGAUAGACGAUUAAUUAUGUUUCAAACAAAAUAUUAUGUGAUGUAAUUGUAUGAUUUUCUCCAUAAUGCUGAAUAUAUUUGUGAGCUUACUACUAAAAAUAUUAUUAUAAUUCAAUUUAGCACGCCAUGACGGAGAUAAAGAAUUUUCUUUCAACUUGCAACGACCAUGAAAGGAUCAUUCUGCAAAAGUACAUAGAUCGUUAUGCCUUCUUUUAUAUAUCUGUUAUAAUAUGCUAUUUCUUAACAGUAAUCACCUUUUGUUGCAUACCGAUAUUUACCUCCCAGAAAUUUCCUACUGAAGGAAUAUAUCCAUUUCGCACUGAAUUGCCAAUUGUGACAUUUAUCAUCUAUGCCUCGCAAGUCUGUAUUAUUACACAAUGUGGACUUUGCGUCAGUGUUGAUCUCAUGUUUGCCGUAUUCUUAUUAUAUUCAGCUGCCAGACUAGAGAUGUUAUGUUUACAAAUACAAACGGCAAAGAAUGCACGACACGUAAAUCGGUGCAUCAAGAAACAUCAGGAAAUAAUCAAGUAAGUAAUCAAAAUGUCAGAGAAAUGUUAAGUUUUUGGACAUCUUUUUAAUAUCAAACAUAAUAAAAUUUGAUAAUAUGAUAUAAAAUACGAAUAAUAAAAUUAUUAUUUUCUAACAACUAGGUUCGUUGAUGAAACGAGAGAUAUUGUAAAAUUUAAGCUUUUUAUGACAAACUUUAUAAUGGCAGUAGGAGCUAUUUGUGGUACUUUUCCAAUUAUUCAUGUAUGUUCGUAUACA